UCAUAACAGAGAGAAGUCUAUGCUGGAUAUCACUGACACCGGUGCGAACACCUGACGAGAGGAAAAAACUGUACUUAUACGGCACGUCAUUAACAGCAGUUUAUUUUUUUUAAUAUUAUUUUUUCUUCAGGUUAUUGAAUAUCACAUGGAAAGAGCUCUUUGCUAGGAAUAACCUAGCAAAAUGUCUUCAUUAUAUCAAACGCAUCGGACCCAAUAACGAUACACUACAUUCAACCCAGGCUAAACCAGAACUUCUCGUCUGAUGGCCUCCUUCUUAAAACAGUUAAGACUUCUCCUCUGGAAAAAUGGCCUCAGUGUCAUCCGGCAGCCAGGCUGGUCACUGGCUCUCCUUGUCUGGCCACUUGUGAUCUUUAUCAUCUUGGCGGUCACCCGUUCACAGUUCCCUCCAAAACUCAAAGACACCUGCUAUGUCGCGCCGAAAAACCUUCCGAGCACCGGAUUCUUCCCUUUCCUGCAAACGCUCAUGUGCAGCACCGACAGUUCAUGCACGGGCAAAUCCUACCUAACAGAAGGACAGUCCAAAUCACGCUCGUACGCAGGUCAUCGUCACCGCAGGGAUGUUGAAUCUCACAGUCUAUCAGCACUGCUCCAUGGUUUACCUCCAUUGGCCCAUCUACAGAAGGGAGGACUGGUUCACUCAAUCCUGAAAAGAGAUACAUCAGAUCACCCAGAGCUCCUAGAGAUAUGGGACAGAAUGCUCAAUUCCAGCCUUCAAAACAUUCCAAAUGUGACUUCAGUUGUGCAAGCUUUUAACAACACUGUACUGGUUGAUCAGACAAUGGAGUCUGUUUGGGAGUCAGUGAACAUCCUGAAAAAAUCCUUAUGCAGCUUCUCCAUGAAUGCCAUCAACACAUCAUCUGGUACCCAGGAUUUCUUCACACAAGGCUUGAUAAACUUCUGCAGCUCUAAUGAGACAGUUCUAGAAGCGUCCUUAUUAACCCUGAACCAGGUACUGACAGAACUACUGCUCAGUAACCCGACAGAAGUGUUCGAAUUGAUUGGAGGGACUGUGGCGGUCCUAGAUAGUCUUCAACAGGAGCCGUCAGUGUGGGACUUCAUGCUUGGCCUGCCUGAUCCUUUCCUGAAGCCUACAGAUGAAGAGAAACUAAAAUCUGGGGCAGCGGAUUUGGAGAAUCUUAAGAAUGCCUUGACAUUCCUCCAGAAGACUAUCCCACAGGCCAACAUCUCUACUGCAGUCACAAACCCAGUCAUCAAUAAAGGCAUUGGCUUUCUCAACUACAUGGGUGCUUGGAAAGGGAGAGAUGUGUAUGUCAAACUGAGUGAUGUUAUGAGCCCAAGCAGCAUUGAUGUAGUCAGCUCAGACUUAAAGGACCUUAUCAACCAAAUCCAGAUUCCUCUUGACAAGAUUCCAGUGCUGUUCAUUGAGGAAGACUUUCGCACCUUUCUGUGUGAGCAUAACAUCACAGCCUCCUAUUGUUGGAGUUGGGAAGUGGGCCAGAUAUUUCAAGGGAUAAAUACAUGGAAGGCUGUUGAACAGGUGCUUUUGGCCUGGAGUCAGACCUCUGCCUCAGCGGACCUGGCGUUCACUAAGGAGGUUUUCAGCAGCUUGCUGGGCCUAGUCUCUCCAUCGAGCAUGGAUGCUGUUCUCAAACACAGCAGGUCACAGCGCAGCAGUGACGCCCAGCCACAGAGCUUAGGGGAACAAUUAAUCUUCGGAUUAAGCAGUACAGCAUUUGAUUUUCUACAAGGGAUGCCAGGCUGGGAAUACAUUCAGACUUUCAUGAUGGGUGGCCAUUCAUCCAUGCAAGUGGCAAGGGUUGCAAUGGAAGCACAGCUGUUAUUCAUUGACGUGGUCCUGAGGGAUGCCCAGUAUGUACAGGAGGUCUUCCUUUCUCUAAUGCAGAAUGAGACAUUUGCUAAUGCCUGGGCUGACCAUGGCAUGGACUCUAUUGUUCAAACAGUGGCUAAGGUUCUAGAAGGUCACACUAGCUGCAGAGAACUGUCUGCUCCCUGGGCUUGGAUUUCAGCAUACAGCUCUUUAGACCCUCAGUUGUGGGGCACUCUAGUUUGUUCUGGGAAUGACACAAGUCUUGAGCAAAUGCUGUUAACACCAUUUUUGCCUGUAAUCGAGAAGGUCCAACAGUUGGUUGGUGUCGUGAAUGGAACUGUAAUGUACAAUGUAACACCCUCCAUUCUUAUGGCGGAGUGGCACAGUCUAUACACAACCUCCAUGCAGUAUGGCUCUGCCCUCCAGAACUUGCAAACUGAGCUUAAUGAGGAAUAUUUUGCAGCUUGGAUCCCAGGGAACAUUUCAGUUGGUUUGCCUCAGAUUCUGUUGACCAGAGGUACUGAAACAUUUGAGACCAUGGGUUCUCUGCUAGAGCAGAGCUAUCUGUGGCCCUCCAUGGAACCAUAUUUCCAUAUGGCUUAUUGGAUUUUGACCUACCAACCAAAUGCCACUGUAUCACCAAACUGCACUCUUACUUCAUCAGCUUUCACCUGUCAGACCGGCUUUACCUGGGAAACAGCUGUUCCACUGAUUCAGUCUUUGAUCUCUGAAGUGAUCUCUAAACCUGACAGCCUGCUAAGACCUAUCCAGGGAACAGUGGCUCUCCUCCAAAACAGUUACAUGGCACUUUUGCAGCAAAUCCUAGUCAAUAGCAUACCUAGUCAACUGCUUGGUAGUGACAUUUCACUACAAGACUUGUUGCUGAACCUCAUUAAUACAGUUGAAAAAGAAAUUCAGCUCCUCUCCAACAUUGAGUCCACACAGCAGUUUGACACUCAACUCUCACUCAAUUUGUUAAAUGACAUCCUGGAGGCUCUUGGACUGGGGCAGAUAGAGAACCUGUUGUCAGGAGGAUCCCAGACAACCAUUGUGCACCCAGUGAUCAUGGACAUUCUUCAGGUCUUCAACAACAGGUCCAACCAGAUGUUAAACAGUGAGGAGGGUUUUGCAGUUCUUCAGACAAUUUUGAGCCAACUUGGAGCCAUUUUGCCUACAGAGCAGCAGUAUCAGUUAGAAGCAGGCCUAAAUAAGACUCAUGCCCUCAUUCGAGAUCUGGAGAUCUGUUCAGCUCUUGGCCAGAACUGUGUAGCUGAUGUCCAGAAUGUAUUUGAAUUUCUUGGUGCAAUGCUUGCAUUCGAAAAUAACAUCACCAUCCUAAUGAAACCUCUUCAGGGUAACAUGACUCUCCCUGUUGUAGUUGAUGUGCUCGCUCUGUUCCUGCCAUGGAACAUGUCCUGGCCAUCAGAAGACUCCAUGGAAAUUGUGAGGAAGGUUCAACAUCUUCUCGAGCAGGCUUAUGCAUCUCAUGUUUUCAACAUCAGUCAAGGACUACAAGCCUCCAAUCUCACAAUCUUUGAAUUAGCACAAAUCAAUUCUACAAUUCUUUAUAGAUGGUCACCGUCGGUACUGCAGACUCUGAAUAUGGCCGUUCAAAUCACACAAUGCUUGAACACUCAAACCACAGAAUCUCCCCAAUGGCAUUCUGCCAGUGGAGAAGCCAAAUGUGUCCUUCAGCUCAUUCAGAGUGCUUCUGCUUUACUUGAAGUAAUUCCAGUGGCAGAGAACACUCAGAUGAGUCUUAAAGAUUGGCUUAACAUCACUAUGGUAGAGUAUCAGAAACUAAGUAACAUGUCUAGUUCCGGAUCUGACCCACUUGCAUUGACAGAAGAGGUGCUGAUAACAACACUGUCAGCAAUCAGACAGAACCUUCAGUAUCUCGGUGUAGAGAACAUAUCUGAUAUUACAAAUGAGCUAAACAUUCUGGAAGACCUCUUAAAAAAGGUAAUCAGAGAACCGUAUCCAUACCACACCAUUAACUCAACAUUGAUGGCACAGGGGCAGUAUGCACAGAAGGUGUAUGGAGAUAUCAUACUGUGGUAUCUAAACAAGCUUGGAAAUGCCACCAGUGGCAGUAUGUUUGCGGAGAUUCUCAAUCAACUGAUACACAUGGCAGAAAUGCAGGUGACACUUAUCAAUGCAGAGACAGAUAUGGCAACACUGGUGAUGAAUCAGAUCAAGAACUUGACCCAUGUGCAGCUUCCUCUGGAAGGCGAAGAUCUUGUACAAGUUGCCAAUACAAUUAUGGUUAUGCUGCAAGGUGAGCUGGAUCUGAUUAAAAGAAACCUUGAGCUUCAACGGGCAUUCUAUGAUUCUCUUUGCUUCCCAAUGAACAUUAGUAUUCCUGCUGAAAUUGAAGCUCAGAUCAUGACCUACCUUAGCUUGACAAGGGAGUGGGUCACUAACCCACAAGUGACAACGGCACUUGCUGCAAUUUUUCAAUGGGAAAUUAGCUCUGUAGAUAUCACAACACCUGGGGUGGAUCUUGAGAAGCUCCUCCAAGCCAUUACUCCCCUACUCCCUCCUAAAGAGAGAGAGUAUCUUGCUGUUGUUGACCAGGUCUCUCAGGCAGUAAAUUAUGCUCUGCAGGUGGCCAGCACUGAUGGUGGUCUCCAAAAUGAAAACUUCACCGAAGCCGCCAUAAGUGCUGUCAGAGUGAUUCUGGAGAGUAUUUCUAAUGAGACUGGUCUUCUACCUUGGGAGGUGGUUGAAAAUAUUCUUAGUGCUUUUAACAGCUCCCUUCAGCUGAUCCUGAACACCAAUAUGAGCUAUGCUCAAGCUAACAACCUCACACAGGAGACUCUCCAGAUGGUAGAAGGAGUGAUUCAUGCACUUCUGCCAGCAGAGGCAGCUGAGGUGUUGGUUCCCAUCACAAACAGCAUUCUCACCUAUUUGCAGACUAUCUCCCAACCUAGUGGACCUGACAAAUGGAAUGAAGUCAUUAUCAAUGUGAUAAAAGAAUUUCAGAAUUUCUUGCCAUCUAACAACACAGCCCAGCCUAUUGUAUCUGUGUUGAUGAAGGUCUCAGAAUUCAUUCUGAGCUCAAAUGAAGGCAACUUGACAAAGGACUGGAUUAUUAACCAACAACUGACAAUGGCACUUGCCAGAAUCUUCCAGGGGAAUGUUAGUUCUGCAGAUCUCACAACAACUGGGUAA